AAGGCCUGAGGGUCCGGUGUUGCGGUUCUAAAUGAGAAGAAACUUCAAGAGGUUGAUAGUUUGUGGAAAGAAUUUGAAACUCCAGAGAAAGCAAAUAAAAUAGUAAAGCUAAAGCAUUUUGAGAAAUUUCAGGAUACAGCAGAAGCAUUAGCAGGGCUGGUUUUCCCCCAUGUGAUGAGAGGUGAGAAGUGGUUAAAUUGAUCUCCCUGUGGAAACCAGCAGCAUAAUGCUGAAGCACAAUUCAGUAAAAGCUGUUCUGCAAGGGACCAAGCAUUCACAGCUCUGAUGGAGGGCAAAAUCAAUAAGCAGUUGAAGAAAGUUCUAAAGAAAAUAGUGAAAGAAGCACAUGAACCUCUGGCUGUAGCUGAUGCUAAACUAGGAGGAGUCAUAAAGGAAAAACUGAAUCUCAGUUGUAUCCAUAGUCCUGUCGUUAAUGAACUUAUGAGAGGAAUCCGAUCACAAAUGGAUGGAUUAAUCCCUGGGGUAGAACCACGUGAAAUGUCAGCCAUGUGUCUUGGAUUGGCCCACAGCUUGUCUCGAUACAGAUUAAAGUUUAGUGCUGAUAAAGUGGAUACAAUGAUUGUUCAGGCGAUUUCCUUGUUAGAUGACUUGGAUAAAGAACUAAACAACUACAUUAUGCGAUGUAGAGAGUGGUAUGGCUGGCAUUUUCCUGAAUUAGGAAAAAUUAUUUCAGAUAAUUUGACAUACUGCAAGUGUUUACAGAAAGUUGGUGAUAGGAGGAACUAUGCUUCUGCCACACUAUCUGAAUUCCUGCCAGAAGAAGUUGAAGCUGAAGUGAAAGCAGCAGCAGAAAUAUCUAUGGGAACAGAGGUUUCUGAAGAAGAUAUUUGCAACAUCCUGCAUCUUUGUACCCAGGUGAUUGAAAUCUCGGAAUAUAGGACUCAGCUCUAUGAAUAUCUACAAAAUCGAAUGAUGGCCAUUGCACCCAAUGUUACAGUUAUGGUUGGAGAAUUAGUUGGAGCAAGGCUUAUUGCUCAUGCAGGUUCUCUUUUGAAUUUGGCUAAGCAUGCAGCUUCUACAGUUCAGAUUCUUGGAGCUGAAAAGGCACUCUUCAGAGCCCUUAAAUCUAGACGGGAUACCCCUAAAUAUGGUCUUAUUUAUCAUGCUUCACUUGUGGGCCAGUCAAGUCCCAAACACAAAGGGAAGAUUUCUCGAAUGCUAGCAGCCAAAACCGUUUUGGCUAUACGUUAUGAUGCAUUUGGUGAAGACUCCAGUUCUGCAAUGGGAGUUGAGAAUAGAGCUAAAUUAGAGGCCAGAUUGAGAACCUUGGAGGAUAGAGGGAUAAGAAAAAUAAGUGGAACAGGAAAAGCGUUAGCAAAAACAGAAAAGUAUGAACACAAAAGUGAAGUGAAGACUUAUGAUCCCUCUGGUGAUUCCACACUUCCAACCUGUUCUAAAAAACGCAAAAUAGAACAGGUAGACAAAGAGGGGGAAGUAACUGAAAAGAAAGCCAAGAAAGCCAAGAUUAAAGUAAAAGUUGAAGAGGAGGAGGAAGAAGAAGUAGUACUAGUAGAAGAAGAGACAUCUACCAAGAAGAAGAAGAAAAAGGAUAAAAAGAAACACAUUAAAGAAGAACCAGUUUCUGAGGAAGAGCCGUGUACCAGCACAGCAAUUUCUAGUCCAGAAAAAAAGAAGAAGAAGAAGAAGAAGAAAGACAUUGAGGAUUAAUGGAAAAGGAAACAAUUUUGGCACCUGGAAACAUCAUGCUUAAGUUUCGGUUGGGAGUAUGCCAGAGAUGCUCUCUAAAAUAAUCAAGGAGAGGUUGAAUGAAACAGUGAUUAAUCAUCUCUAGCUUUUCACACUUGUGUCUUUCUUUAUGUCAACUCUUGUUAACCUUAUUAUGUCAACAUUUGUUAGAGUCUUUGAUAUAUAAAUAAAAAUAUUUUCUUUGUAUUUUAAGGCAGGUCUGUGAUCUCUUGACAUUUAAGUAGUGAGUCUUUGGUCUUUUCUAUAUUUUAUUUGAUAUCUAGUGAUUAUUGUUUUGAUCAUUAUAGUUGAAAAGUUGUUAAUGGUUUGCUUAAUUUGAAACAGUCUUUUGGAAGGCUAUUAUUAUGAUAAGAUGCACCGAUUUAAGUACCUCAUUAUUACUUUUUUGGACUAUUUUUCAUAACCCACCAACCCACCCACGCUCUGUAUUUAUUUAAAUAAAGAUUUGUUUCAUGUUCAAAUUUUAAACUAGGUGAGCAAACCAUUUCAGGGUCUCUCCUAGAAAAAGGAAGAAACUGUUUGUAACUUACUAAAACACCCUGGUUCAAUUUUCAGUACCAAAAAGAAAAACAAUGUCACUUGGAAAACAGUUGGAGAGAAAAAAAAUAUCAGUAGAAAUGAGGCAUAAACUUACAAAAGAAUGCUAGAGAAAGAUCUUUACCUUUUUAAAAUAGUACUUAUUAUGCCAACAGAAACCUGUUUUCUGUAUCAUCAUGACAGUCAUAAGUUUAUCAAAGUAUUAUAUCUUGCCUCUUUAUAUCCUGUGGACGUAAUGCUGAAGUAAGAUUCAAUAAAAGCAUUUGGCAGACCGAAGAAGCUAGAAGCUAGAGACUCUAGCUUUGAUUUCUGCUUUUCUUGUGACCACAAGCAAGUCAAUAACCCUACUUCAGAUUCCUAGUUUGCUGUUAGCUUUAAUAGUGUGAUUAUUUUGCUUUGAGAAAACAAUGUCGUUUUGUGGUACGCAGUAGGAUGUGUCCCAGAUUAUAUGAGGCUUUUGUUUGUUUUGUUUUGUUUUGUUUUGUUUAUGGUUUUUGGUACCAGGAAUUGAACCCAGGGGUGCUCAACUGAGCCACAUGCCCAGUCCUUUUUAUAUUUUAUUCAGAGACAGGGUCUCGUUAAGUUUCUUGGGACCUUGCUAAGUUGCCAAGGGUGGCUUUGAACUCACAUCCUCCUGCCUCAGCCUCCUGAGCUGCUGGAAAUACAGGCAUGUGCCACUACACCUGGCUGUUUUUAACACCUUUCAUGAAAGUAAUUCAUUGAUCUACCAAGAAUGGUAUAUUAAAAAGCUUUUACAUCUGAAAAAAGUUUAGACUGAGAAUGCUAACUAAAAACUUCUAGUGGUUUUGAAUUCUUCUCUACAGGCCUGAGGAAAGCCUUAAAGUCUGUCUCUCAUGAUCCUUAAAUUUCAGCCUUUCUGUGUUAGGUGAAACUAUAGGCUCAUGCCACUGCACCCACCUAUACCUAAUUUUGAUUAGCAAAUUUGAAUUAUUUUCUAUGAACCCACAUAAAAUAAUCCUUUCUUAAAACAUUUAUUCUAUGGCUAGGAAUGUGGCUCAGUGGUAGAGAACUUGGUUGGCAUACCAAAAAAAAAAAGCUUGUAACUUGGAUUCAUCCUUUAUCCCAACUCUACCACUA